CUAAUCGGUCUCGACGCCAGCGCGCCACGUGACCGCGCACCAAGUCGAUCGUCAACGCCAACCCUUUCGCGUACCCGAUGUAAUUCAGUGGAUUCAGUGUGGUAUGAGGUGUAUGAACGAUAAGUGUGAGGAUCGCGAUCGUGGUGAACUUUUCAUUGUACGACUCCCUCGGUCACGAGUCUAAAUAGAGUGUGUAAAAAGAGAAAAAGAGAGAGAGAGAGGAUGGCGUCGAGACGGCUGUAAGAGCCGUCUAUUGUGGGACAAUUGAGGAAAACGAAACGAAAAAAACCGAGUAAGAAUGCGCGUUGUAAUGUCAAUCUCUCCGAUGCUAGUCGCGUGCUUUUGGUGAGCGCGACAUUCGGUUAGUAUCAUUUCGCGCGAUGCAAUCCAUUUAUUGGACUGGACGGCUGCUGUCGCGCGCGCUCUGGAACGGCAUCGCGAGCUGUAGCACCUCGUGCGGCACCGAGCAGCAACCGAACGCGGUUGUCGCGAGCAGCAGCAGGCGCCGCGAGGCCUCGCUCAUCUCCGCCGUGUGCGGUUUCCCGAAGGAGCUUGCCCGGAGCCGAAUACGCAAGGGCCAAUUCGGCGACGACGCCUGGUUCACCGCCAAGUUCAGGACGGCCGAAGUCAUAGGUGUUGCUGAUGGUGUUGGGGGAUGGCGACAUUAUGGAAUUGAUCCAGGAGAAUUUUCUAAUUUUCUGAUGAGGACUUGUGAGAGGCUAGUCUCUAUGGGUAGAUUCAGACCUACAGAACCAGCUGGCUUAUUAGCUCGUAGUUAUUAUGAAUUAUUAGAAAAUAAACAACCAAUACUAGGUAGCAGCACGGCAUGUGUAAUAGUUCUUAAUAAAGAGACAAGCAGCAUUUAUGCAGCUAAUAUAGGAGAUAGCGGCUUUGUAGUCGUGCGAAGGGGAGAAGUGGUGCAUCGCUCCUCGGAGCAACAACAUUAUUUCAACACUCCCUUCCAAUUGUCGCUUCCUCCUCCAGGACACUCUGAUAUGGUACUUCGCGAUAGUCCAGAAUCUGCUGACACUUCGAGUUUCGGCGUCGAGGAUGGCGAUGUAAUCCUUUUGGCAACCGACGGGGUAUUCGACAAUGUGCCUGACCAGUUGCUAGUCACCGAGAUGCAGAAAAUCGAGGGCGAGAGGGACCCGACAAAGAUCCAGUGUGUCGCUAACACGAUAGCGUGGAUGGCGCGUCGUUUGGCCUUUGAUGACGCCUUCAUGUCUCCGUUUGCUCAAAGUGCCCGAGAGAAUGGAAUUGAUGCAAUAGGUGGUAAACCAGACGACAUCACGGUGCUUUUAGCAACGGUGGCGAUAUGAUAAAACAAUAAGCGACAAGUGUACAAUAGAGCCCCGAUAAUCAUUGUAUUAUAGUUCAUGUCAUUGCGUAUAUGUAUUUAGUUAUACAUCAUAUUAAUCCUAUAUAUAUACAUAUAUAUAUAUACAUAUAUAUAUAUGUAUGUGUAUGUAUGUAUGUAUAUAUAAUUUUAAUCAUUUAUUAUUUAAAUCGAAAUAAAUGGUUUUAUAAAAUCAUUUCUUAUUCUCUAUUCAUUAUUAUUCAUUUCUUUACAGCUCUUUGAUAAUUAUUAACGUACUCUUUGGCGAUUGUGGAUGCAUUUGUCGAUUCACUCUUUCAGCAUUUUUAUAUACCAUUUAUCCCAUAUUAAUUUACAGUAAUUUUGUCGCUUUCUUUGAUUGUAAGCCUUGGCUUAAAAAAAUGCUUAAGAAUCAGACGAAUCAAAAUUGAAUUAACAUUUUGUGAAUUUUGUAUAUUUAAUAAGAUACUGAAAGAGUUAAUACAAAUGCAUCCUAACAAGAAAUUAUUAAAGAUGUAAUUAUCAUUAAUUACAUCGAUUGUCGGAAUGACAAUAUGUUAAUGUCUAAUAAGAGGCCAGGAAUCCCAGGAUUAACAAUUCAAAAAACCAAAACCAUAACAUCCAUAUCAAAAUUAGAGAGAAAUAUAAGAUAUAUAUUAAAUAUUUAUCUAGUUAAAAAUUUAAUAUAAAGAUAUGAAAAUCCAUAAAGUUAAGAAUCAAAGGAAUAAAUCAUGCAAAUGAUAAGCAUCCUAGGACCCUGAAAGCCAAAAAUAUAAGAAAAGAGAAAUAUAGGCAAAUCUAAAAGAAAUUCGAAUUUCAUAAUGAUUUAAAUCUAGAAUUCUCGAAGAAGAAUAAAAUAUUCAAAGAAUCUUAGAAUUCGCGAUUAGAACGGUCACAAUCGGGAGUUUGAAUUCCCUUUUUUUUU